UUGUCCAUUACACACAAUGUGCAAAGCAAUGAGCUAGUUGAAGAAGACAGUGGCCCUCAAACCUGGGGUGUGUCCACACAGCACCUAGACAGCUUUCUGAAGCUAAAGGUUCCAGAGCACCAACCAACACCCAGAAUCUCCAGGCUGUGAGGCCCAGCCAUCUGCUGUGUUUUGUUAGAAAAACUGCCCAGGUGACCCCGAUACGCAGGUGCUGGGCCUGCCUUGCAGUACGACUGGAAUAAGAUAGCACCCCCCCUGCCAUCUUCAGGGAGCUUGCAGUGGACCAGAGGGCAUGGGACGAUGCUUGAAUUAUUGCAUGUGCAUGGGAGAGUGCUGUAUGUCUUAUAAGAGAGGCAAAAAAUGUGCCAACUAGGGUCUCAGAAGAGGUGGAUGCUUUCCAUUGGACGGAAGUCAUGGAGGCCGACAAGCAGCCAAGUCGGUUUCCUCACCCAUGCGAUGGCAAUGGUAUCAGAACCCACGCCAGAGAGUUGCAAAGACAAAGCGAAGGAAUGCCUGCGAGCUUUCCAAACAGGAUCUGGCACAUAGUAAGUGCUCAGUAAACGUGACCCAUCAUUGGAGUUGGGUCUUAAAGAGUGGUUAGCACUUUCUGCAGGUUAGCAUCUCAGAAGAAGUGUCCUGUGAAGCUUCCGUGUCAAGAUCCACUCAAAUGGAAAUCGCCAGCUCGUAUGAAAAAUUCAAAAAUCCAGCCGUUAGCUUGAUGAACAGUCGUACUUACUAAGGGGAUCAAGAUUUUCCAAAUCCAAAUCCAUCUGUAUCACCUUGUACAGGAAACAUUUUGUUCCUGACUUUGAUUCGUACUUAAUCCAAUUAAUUGGAACCUCCGUUGUAUUGUCGUGUUGCCUCAUUGAUUGGACAAGCUUUGAAGGACCAGCUGUGGUCCAAGCUCUGUGCUCAGCGCAGUGGGCAAGAAUGCUGUGUCCGAGGGCUGGAGAAGCUUGCAUUCUGGUAGGGGACGUAAGAAGUACACGUAAAAGUCAAAAUAAGUUGAGUCUUCAUUAUGUAGGUACCACCUAGAAAGGGAACUAAAUAUACAUCUGCUUACAACAUCUGGAUCCCAUUUCAGUUGGAAAGUCUGUUUUAAAAGGAAAUAUCCAGAUGUGUCAUGUGACCGUGACCAGUUCAUUCAAAGUAGCUAGAGAGCAUCUGAAUCAUUUUGCUUGUGUUGGUGCUUGUAAGUGAUAGGGUUGAAACCCCUUUUGUGCGGGACUGCGGACGACCUUGGAAAAGGAAGGCUCUCCAAGGCUAGUGUGAUUUCCAGCGCUAUCUCGAUGGGGCUGACAGAAUCCUAUACCUCUUCAGGCAUCGCGUAUAAACGCUCAGGAAACAGAGUAAGGCACUGGGUUUUGGCUCUGUUUAAUCGAUCCCUGGAUUUUGACCGCCAAAACUCCAUGAGGACUAAUCUGCUUUUUAGAGAAUAUUCCCUUGCGGGUCCGAGGCCAAUUUCUCAAUUCCAAGAAAAAGGCACGGUGAAUUCUUAGCAGGAGCCUUUGUAGCUUGCCCACCGUGGCUGUGGGUGGGCGAGUUUGUUUGAAAAGGGCCCCCUGACCCUGCUCUUGGUGGAGUGGCGGGCUAUGUGGGUUGGAAUGAGAGACGGAAAGUUGAACCCCGGGCUCGGUGGGAGUCUAAUCAGGAGAGAAGUUUCUUGUGGAUCAGGCCCAGACCCAAGAGGUGGAGGAGGCCUCUGUGUUUCCGGCCUGAAAUGAAACGGCACUAUGGGCAGGCCGUGUGUGUUACAGCCGCUUCCCUGGGGUGACUCUUCGUGUUCACAGAGCUCUGCUCACCUAGACGCCGUUGUCUGUUUCACACAGAAGCCUGGAGCCGCCUGAAAAAAACGCGUGAUUGUCGUGAAACAAAGCUGAUAAUCUCUAGGUUUCUCCCCCUUUCUGGCUGGGAACACACUUGGAGCUUUUGCUCCGUAUGGUGCCUGUGGCGAGCCUCUCUUCUGAAGGCUUUCAGGACGGGAGGCCCUGGAGACCUGGGAGGCAGAGCUCUUUUUACUCUAUUUUGGGUUUUCCUCCUGCUACAUCAGGGCUUAAUUAGAACCGGCUGCCGAGUAGCCUUCCGGGAGGAAUAAACUUUCUUUGUGAAUACCUGCCCACACCCCAAGGAGAAGUAACAACGCGAAUGAAAUGCAUAUCGAGGAUUGCACUCAUUCUAAUCCUGAUGUCGUCAACACGUUCAUUCUUGAAAGCGACUGCAGUGGAGCUGGGAAGUGUCCCGCUUCUUACCGUGGCCCCCUUCGGGAGGCGCAGAGAGGAGGGCGGCCUGCUGCUUUGACAGCAAACCUGCCAGCAGGUUCUGUUUGCUCCCCCACCUGCCCCUCUGCUUUUAGAGAACUAAGGCUCCCCUUCCCGCGGCUUGUUCCUCUUUUGAUUUUCACCUUGGCGACGUGGCUCACGCUCCCAGCGAGUUUGGUGCACGGCGGGCCAUAGCAGGAUAGGACAGCGUAUCUGGCCUGCGAGUGGGAAGUGGUUUAGGGUUAAGUAAUCUGGGGGCGCAAGUGGGGCAGACCGUUUCUGAGCACCUCUGAUAAAGGAGAAGUGGCCUUUUCACACCUGAACUUAGGUUCCGUCUGAUCGAGUACUUCUUGAUUUCAGCCUCCUGUUUGUCUCAGUGUGUAUGACCGUCAGUGUUGACCUCUCUUGCUGUAGGGGUGCUAAGGAAAGCCCUCUCUGCAGUUCUGACACCGCCCCCUGCCCCUGCCCCAAGGACUCACCUGUUCUGUUGGUCUCAGGGCCACGUGGCUGAGGAGGCUCGCUGUGGUCUGACAGCCUGCCUCAAAGGCCGGUCCCUCGCUCCUCUUCCCUUGCGUGGAAGUGGGUCACAUCAGUUCAGUGGAUGCUGGCUGGUGGCUAUCCUUCCGCAAGCUGUGCCGUGUGAGGGGGACAGAGACGAACAGGACACUGGGUUGUGACUUACGAGAGGGGCCUCAUCUGUCACAGGCCAGCUGCUUGAGGUAGUGGCGCGGCACAGAGGACCAGAAUGGGAUGCCCCGAAUCAGCGUUCCUACCCCGCUUUCUUUUUGUCCCCCCACCGGCCACCUCCACAUUUGCCGCCAGCAACAACACGCUGCGAUCUAUAACUACAAUGCCUCUCAAGAUGUGGAGCUCUCCUUGGAGAUCGGAGACACGGUUCACAUCCUGGAGAUGUAUGAGGGUUGGUACAGAGGAUAUACCCUCCAAAAUAAAUCGAAAAAGGGGAUUUUCCCUGAAACGUAUAUCCAUUUGAAGGAGGCAACUGUGGAAGACCGAGGGCAGCACGAGACCGUGAUCCCUGGUGAGCUCCCACUGGUGCAGGAGCUCACGUCGACCCUGCGAGAAUGGGCUGUCAUCUGGCGCAAGCUCUACGUGAACAACAAGGUCACACUUUUCCGCCAGCUGCAGCAGAUGACCUAUAGCCUGAUUGAGUGGCGGUCCCAGAUCCUGUCUGGAACGCUCCCCAAGGAUGAACUGGCAGAGCUCAAGAAGAAGGUCACAGCCAAAAUUGAUCACGGGAACAGAAUGCUGGGAUUAGAUCUGGUGGUGAGAGAUGACAACGGGAACAUCUUGGACCCAGAUGAAACCAGCACCAUUGCCCUCUUCAGGGCCCAUGAAGUGGCCUCAAAAAGGAUCGAGGAAAAGAUCCAAGAAGAAAAGUCGGUUCUUCAGAACCUGGACUUGCGGGGCCAGUCUGUCUUCAGUGCUGUCCAUACCUACGGCCUCUACGUGAACUUCAAGAACUUCGUCUGCAACAUUGGGGAGGAUGCCGAGUUGUUCAUGGCCCUCUAUGACCCGGACCAGUCCACCUUCAUCAGUGAGAAUUACCUAAUUCGUUGGGGCAGUAAUGGGAUGCCCAAGGAAAUAGAGAAGCUUAAUAACCUUCAAGCAGUUUUUACUGACCUCAGUAGCACAGACCUCAUCCGGCCCCGCAUCAGCCUCGUGUGCCAGAUUGUCCGGGUGGGCCACAUGGAGCUGAAGGAGGGCAAAAAGCAUACCUGUGGGCUCCGAAGACCUUUUGGAGUAGCAGUGAUGGAUAUUACUGAUAUUAUACAUGGGAAGGUGGAUGAUGAAGAAAAGCAGCAUUUUAUCCCCUUUCAGCAAAUUGCGAUGGAAACCUAUAUCCGGCAGAGGCAGCUAAUCAUGUCGCCCCUGAUAACAUCCCAUGUGAUUGGGGAGAAUGAGCCACUCACUUCAGUCUUGAAUAAAGUGAUAGCAGCGAAGGAAGUGAAUCACAAAGGACAAGGGCUUUGGAUAUCUUUGAAGCUGUUGCCAGGUGACCUCACACAGGUUCAGAAGAAUUUUUCACAUCUGGUGGAUAGAUCAACUGCAAUCGCCCGAAAAAUGGGCUUUCCCGAAAUAAUACUUCCAGGCGAUGUACGGAAUGAUAUUUAUGUCACCCUGAUCCACGGCGAGUUUGACAAAGGGAAAAAGAAGACACCGAAGAACGUGGAGGUGACCAUGUCUGUGUACGACGAGGAGGGCAAACUCUUAGAGAAAGCCAUUCAUCCUGGUGCUGGAUAUGAAGGCAUUUCAGAGUACAAAUCAGUGGUCUAUUACCAAGUCAAGCAGCCCUCUUGGUAUGAGACCGUCAAGGUAUCCAUUGCUAUAGAAGAGGUUACUCGCUGCCAUAUAAGAUUUACCUUCCGACACAGAUCAUCUCAGGAAUCCAGAGAUAAAUCAGAGCGAGCCUUUGGGGUGGCCUUCGUGAAACUGAUGAACCCGGAUGGCACCACGCUGCAGGAUGGGAGGCACGAUCUGGUGGUUUAUAAGGGUGACAACAAGAAAAUGGAAGAUGCUAAACUCUACCUGACCCUGCCUGGAACCAAGGUAGAGAUGGAAGAAAAAGAGCUCCAAGCAUCCAAAACCCUGGCCAACUUUGCCCCAACCAAGGAUAGCACAAAAGACAGCUUUCAGAUUGCCACCCUCAUUUGCUCCACAAAGCUCACCCAGAACGUUGACCUGUUGGGCUUGUUAAAUUGGCGUUCGAACUCCCAGAACAUUAAACACAACUUGAAGAAGUUAAUGGAGGUGGAUGGCAGUGAGAUUGUUAAGUUCUUGCAAGAUACGCUAGAUGCACUUUUUAACAUAAUGAUGGAAAUGUCGGACAACGAAACCUAUGACUUCCUUGUGUUUGAUGCACUGGUAUUUAUUAUUUCACUGAUUGGAGACAUCAAGUUCCAGCAUUUUAAUCCUGUCCUUGAAACCUACAUUUACAAGCACUUCAGUGCCACUUUGGCAUACGUGAAACUCUCCAAGGUACUGAACUUCUAUGUGGCUAAUGCAGAUGACUCCAGCAAGACAGAAUUGCUUUUUGCUGCUCUGAAAGCCCUAAAGUACUUGUUUAGGUUCAUCAUCCAAUCGCGAGUACUCUACUUGAGAUUUUAUGGCCAAAGCGAAGAUGGAGACGAAUUCAAUAAUUCAAUCCGCCAGUUGUUUUUCGCUUUCAAUACGCUAAUGGACAGGCCUCUGGAGGAAGCUGUCAAGAUCAAGGGAGCAGCUCUGAAGUACCUUCCCAGCAUAAUUAACGACGUCAAACUUGUGUUCGAUCCUGUUGAGCUCAGCACGCUCUUCUGCAAGUUCAUUCAGAGCAUUCCUGACAACCAGUUAGUUCGCCAGAAACUUAACUGCAUGACCAAGAUAGUGGAGAGCAAUCUUUUUCGGCAGUCGGAGUGCAGAGAUGUCCUGCUGCCACUGCUGAUCGACCAGCUCAGCGGCCAGUUAGAUGACAACUCCAGCAAGCCCGACCAUGAGGCCAGCUCGCAGCUUCUGAGCAACAUCCUGGAAGUGCUGGACAGGAAGGAUGUGGGCCCCACGGCGAUGCACGUCCAGCUGAUCAUGGAACGGCUGCUGAGAAGGAUCAACAGGACCGUGAUCGGGAUGAGCCGCCAGUCUCCACAGAUCGGGGGUUUUGUGGCCUGUAUGAUUGCGAUUCUGCAGCAAAUGGACGACAGCCACUACAGCCACUAUAUCAGCACUUUCAAAACCAGACAAGACAUCAUUGAUUUCCUCAUGGAAACUUUUAUCAUGUUCAAGGAUCUGAUUGGAAAGAAUGUCUACGCCAAAGACUGGAUGGUCAUGAAUAUGACACAGAGCAGGGUUUUCCUUCGUGCUAUAAAUCAGUUUACUGAGGUUCUCACAAAGUUCUUCAUGGAUCAAACAAGCUUUGAACUUCAGCUCUGGAACAAUUACUUCCAUUUGGCGGUAGCGUUUCUCACCCACGAGUCCCUUCAACUUGAAACCUUCUCUCAAGCCAAGCGCAACAAAAUUGUCAAAAAAUAUGGGGACAUGAGAAAGGAAAUCGGCUUUAGAAUCCGGGACAUGUGGUAUAACCUGGGUCCCCACAAAAUCAAAUUUAUCCCCUCCAUGGUGGGUCCCAUUCUGGAGGUCACACUGACCCCCGAAGUAGAGCUCCGGAAAGCCACCAUCCCCAUUUUCUUUGACAUGAUGCAGUGUGAGUUCAACUUCAGCGGAAACGGCAAUUUCCAUAUGUUUGAGAAUGAGCUGAUCACAAAGCUGGACCAAGAGGUAGAAGGGGGCAGAGGAGAUGAACAAUACAAGGUCCUUCUGGAAAAACUGCUCCUAGAACAUUGCCGGAAACAUAAAUACCUCUCCGGCUCUGGAGAAGUGUUUGCGCUCCUGGUCAGCAGCCUGUUGGAGAACCUCUUGGACUACAGAACCAUUAUCAUGCAUGACGAGAGCAAGGAGAACCGCAUGAGCUGUACCGUUAACGUGCUGAAUUUUUACAAAGAAAAGAAGAGAGAGGACAUAUACAUAAGGUACUUGUACAAGCUGCGGGAUUUGCACCGAGACUCAGAGAACUACACAGAAGCCGCCUACACGCUUCUCCUACAUGCUGAGCUUCUGCAGUGGUCUGACAAGCCCUGUGUACCCCAUUUGCUUCAGAGAGACAGUUACUAUGUCUAUACCCAGCAAGAGCUCAAAGAAAAGCUGUAUCAAGAGAUCAUUUCAUACUUUGACAAAGGCAAAAUGUGGGAGAAGGCCAUCAAACUGAGCAAAGAGUUGGCUGAGACAUACGAGAGCAAAGUAUUCGACUACGAGGGCCUUGGCAACCUGCUGAAAAAAAGAGCCUCGUUUUAUGAGAACAUCAUUAAGGCAAUGAGGCCUCAGCCUGAGUACUUUGCCGUUGGAUACUACGGACAGGGCUUUCCUUCUUUCCUACGGCCAGGGCCAGUUUGAAAGCAAAUAUCCCAAGGACGGGACUGCGAAAGUUUCACAAAAAUAAAAACAGGCGUUGUAAUAGUGAAAAGGACCGUGUUUUUCCUUCUCAAAAUUUUCUAUAACGGGAUACUGAUUCUAAAAUCUAAAAAACAAACAAAAUCGUAUUUUUUCCUGCACAAAUGGAAGCCUCUUUAGAGGUAGCCGUGUUUGGAUGUAUGAUCCAUUUUCCUUCCCCUAACUUAAGAAAAUGUAGAAAGGAAGUACUCUGCAUGCUGCAUCAUUCCCAAGGAGGAGGUAACUCAUUCAUUCAUUCUGUAACAUCUGCUGAGUGCCCGCUGUGUACCAGGCACAUACUAGGCAGAUUAUAAUCAGAUAUGGCCCUUACUCUCAUGGCAUUUACAGCCUAAUGGGUAUAAUGUUAAUUGAAUAAUCAUGCAAACAAAUGGAAAUUGAAACUGACCAAAACAGGUAUCCUGUGCUGUAAGCGUUGGUUAACCAGGGAGUAUUUACUGAAAUAUUAACCCAAGUAAAAUUAAAACUUAUGUUCACAUGAAAAAAAAAUUCACAUGAUUGUUUAUAGGACCAUUAUUUAUAAUCACCAAAGACUGGAUACAACUCAGGUGUCCCUUAGUUGAUGAGGGGAUUAAAAAAAAUGUCAAAGAGCCAUGCAAUGGAAUAUUACUCAGUAAUUAAGAGGAAUAAAGUACGGGGGCGUCUGGGUGGCUCAGUCGCUUAAGCAUCCAACUCUUGAUUUUGGCUCAGGUCAUGAUCUCAAGGUUUCGUGAGUUCGAGCCCAAGUCAGGCUCUGCACUGGCAGCAUGGAGACUGCUUGGGAUUCUCUCUCUCCCCACCUGUCUCUCUGCCCCUCCCCGACUUGUGCUGCCUCUGUCUCUCCCAAGAUGAAUAAAUGAACUUAAAAAACAUUUUUUUUAAAGGAAUGAAGUUCUGAUACAUACAAGCAUGUGGGUGAAUCCCGGUGCGUUGUGCUAAUAAGUAAAAGAACUUAGAGCAUAAGGUCUACGUACUCUCUGAUUUUCUUUCUUUUUCUUUAAUGUUUAUUUUUUAUUUUGAGAGAGAAAGAGAGCACACAAGUGGAGGACGGGCAGAGAGCCAGGGAGAGAGAGAAUAUGAGCAGGUUCCACACUGUCAGCAGAACCUGAUGCGGAGCUCAAUCUCACCAAUCGUGAGAUCAUGACCUAAGCCAAAACCAAGAGUCGGACGCUUAAUGGACUGAGCCACCCAGGUGCCCGUCUCUGAUUUUCUUUAUAUGGCAUCUGUUACGCUUAGCGUAGAGAUGGAAAACAGAUGAGCCGUCAUCUGGUAGCUGUUGGGGAGGGUUGGGCUUCACAAGUAUCAGGAAAUUUUGAGUGGUAGUGAAACUGUUCUGUAUCUUGAUUGUGGUCAUGGUUAUGUUUGCCAAAACUGGCAGAAUUUUACAGCAAACAGGGUAGAUUUUACUCUAUGCGAAUCAUGCCUGCGUUCUGUAAGAGUCGAGAAAGACUUCCUGGGAAAUUGCUGUUCCGACUGCAAUGUGAGCUUGGUGUUAUGGAGAUCAGGGUGAUAGGAAGAAACAUUCCAGGCAGAGGAAGUGGCAGGCGAGGGCAUGGCUGUGCCUGGGAAUGAAAGACCAGCACGGUGGUCACAGAGAGAGUGAGGUGAGCAGGGAGUUGAGGCACAAAGUGUGGGGGAGAUCACACCGGGCAGGGCCGUGGGGUUGCCCCAGCUGUGUUGUCAACAUCCCAAGGGCAGGAGGGAGCCAUUGUGGAUUCUAGGUGUUGGCAAGGUCAUCGUCUGGCUGGUAUGGGCAGUGGUCGGAUGUGUAUAGAUAAGCCACUAGAAACUAUCGCAGAUUUUGAGAGAAGGGAUGUCGGGAUGGCCUAGGGAAGUAGGUGUAGGAAAAAUGGAGGGAUUUCGUACUUGGUGAUUAUUGUUGGGCCAUGUGCGUGACAAAGGAGGAGAGUAGGUCUCUGGCCUGUGUACUAGAAGGGCUGUGGAGCCAUCCACUAAGAGCAGUAAAGGAAAAGGAUAGAGUCAAUCCGUUCAUUGAAUAAAUAUUUAUUGAACUCUUACUUUGUGCCUUGUUAUAUUAUAGGCAUGGGGGCACGGUCCAAAGCAACCCAAAUCCUUGAAAUAAUGGAGCUUAUAUACUAGCUUAGACACACACACAAAAUGUAAGUGAGACAUUUAGUAUGUCAGACAGCCUAGAACAAUGCCUCACACCGUGUAGACGCUCCAUAAGUAUCAAGGAGAAGACGUCAGGGAAGGUGAAUAGAGAGGCAGGUGAUGGGGGUGGAGCUACAGUUUUAAAUGGAGUGAAUAGGAAAGGUGUCAGUAAGGAAAUGACACUUGAGCAAAAACCUGAAAGAAGAGAGGGAAUAAGGCAGACAACCGUCAAGAGAUGAGAUGGGGUACCAGGCAGUGAGGACAGCAGGUUCGGAAGCCUUGAGCCUGGAAGUGCAUGACUAAGAGGACAAGUAGAGAAUGGGGGCAGAUGGCUCUGGGUACCGGAUCGCAGAGGGCCUGUCCCAUCUUUAUACGUUCUUUGUGAAAGUCUGGUUUCGGCCAUACUCCAUGUGAGGUAAAUUUGGAACAUCCGAAAGAUGCAAGUCAACAAUCUGACGUAUGGAUCCAGAACUCAACGGAAAGUUCCCGGCUGGAGAUAAAGUUGGUGGGUUAUUUGCACCUGGAUGAGGUAGCGUAGGGAAAGAGAAUGGGGCACCAAGGGGAGAGGGUCUAGGAAGGAGCCUUGCAGUAGGUUCUAGUCUUAAAUCGGCCCUCAGUCUCGGCACUCGAGUCCUGGUAAGGCAGUGGUGCCUGCCAUACUUGCGUGUGGCUGCUGUGUCACAUGACAUAACGGACGUGGGUCGGUGGGCCAGCCAAGAGACUAGACUUUCCAGUUGAGACAUCGGGGUCCAGAUCAUCGGCGGGGUGACUCUGUGAUGUCGGCCAAAUCCUAUGACCUCCGCCUUCUCUGAUG